GUGGCAAAGAGCCCCUUUGCGGGUUCCCCUCCAAUUUGUCUUCUACCAAAUUUCAUACCUGGAGUUGGUGAUAAGAUGCCGUAUGGAGAAGAUGCGAGAGCCGAUCUUCCGUGUAGCGCGGAACCGAGUGUGGCGCCAGGCGCGGAUCGAAUGAGAGUUUCAUAGUCUCUGUCUAUGUGCAGGUUUGUGGAUUGUGAAGCCUGCCAACCACUCGGAAGAGGCUUAUUGAGACACCAAGGACCUACUGCCCAAUGCAAGUUUAGGAAAUUCUCUAGAUUAUUGUUACACCUAUCACAUUUUUAGGUGCUUGAAUUGUUG